AUGUGGUUAAAGAAAGUUUUCCUUAUAUUUGCUACUCUAUUUUACCGUUUUUUGCUCGUUGGUGGUUGCUAUGAAGGAGAAAGAGCAGCUCUAAUGAGAUUCAAAUCCUUCAUGACUGAUCCAUCUAGUCGGUUAUCGUCAUGGAAGGGCGAUAACUGUUGCAAUUGGAAAGGAAUCAAGUGCUCGAGUUCAGGUCAUGUUGUACUUUUAAAUCUCCGGAAUCCUCAUCCGGAUGAAGUCAUGAUCAAUGUCAAUAAGGAAGUUGUUUCAAGUUCUAAAAACACGUCUGAUUUUGCCCUUAAAGAUAUGCGCUCUAACAUUCUAACAUCCACGAUCCCUGAUAUGUUAUCGAACCUCACAACCCUCUCAGCUCUUGAUUUUAGUGCCAACGAUUUAGACAGUCAUAUCCCUUACCUUCCUCAACUCAAAGAACUUUAUGUUUCUGGCAAUCCUGCGAUGACCGUAAAUCUUGUUUCAAUGUUUUCAGCCUCAUGGUCAAAGUUGAAAUUUCUCGACAUAAGUUUCACUCAUGUAGGCGGAACGCUUCCUCCUUCUUUAACAAAUUUAACUUCGUUAACUUUUUUCCAAUCUGAUGGAUGCUUGAGGUCUAUACCUUCUUCAGUUACAAAACUUACGAAAUUAAGAAGGCUGAUGCUCAAUGACAACAACAUCACAGGCCAGCUUCCUGUAUCGAUGUCCAGUUUGAUAAGCCUUCAAUACUUAUCUCUGAUCCAGAAUGGUUUACGAGGGUAUAUUCCUACUUCGAUUUGUCAAAUCCUCUCACUGGAGUACCUAAAUGUAGAAUGGAACGAGCUAACAGGAAGCGUUCCCUCGUGCAUACUUCAGCUUCCUAAGUUUUCGUAUCUUUCUGUUCAGACUAAUAACCUGAAUGGUAAUAUACCACUGUCUUUGAUCCAGAAGUCUAAAUUGGAUAUGAUUUCUUUAGGAAUUAACGGAUUGUCAGUGGAAAACGAUGUUCAGUAA